AUGCGGCACGGCGGCGCACGCACGGCACGCGCCGUGCCUGAGGCCGCGGCCGGCCCACGCGCAGCCCGCGGCGAGCUGCAGCGGCAGCACGCCGGCCGCGGCCGCUCCCGUGCAGCCGCAGCGGCGGGGCUGGGGGCAGCGGCGGGCGCCGGCCCCGGUGCGAGCGGCGGCGGCGGGGCAGCAGGAGGCGCU